AUGCCCUCGCUCGUCGUGUUCGUGCUGCUGACGGUACUGGACUUGUGCGUGCCGUUUUAUCACGAUCAGUUCGCUCUUCACAUUCCGGAUGGGUCCAAUUAUGCGGAUGAUCUGGCUCAUAGACAUGGUUUUGUUAACCAUGGACAGAUUGGGAGCUUAAAAAAUUUCUUCUUGUUUUCCCAUCCUAAAAUCAAUAAAAGAUCUAUUAAUGCAAGUAUCGAUUACAUGAAUCGCUUAAAGAACGAUCCCCAGGUCAGAUGGGUGAUGCAGCAAAGAGAAUUAAGGAGAACAAAAAGGGACCAUCAAUGGAAACCAAGAAAUAUAAUGCAUCAGGCUAACCCGCCGCCCUUCCCUGACCCAUUGUUUAAAGAACAAUGGUACUUGAAUGGCGGUGCGGCGGGUGGAUUAGAUAUGAAUGUUGGUUAUGCUUGGAGAAAAGGAUAUACGGGAAAAGGGGUUGUAAUUACAAUAUUGGAUGACGGAAUACAACCCAAUCAUCCAGAUUUAAUACAAAAUUAUGAUCCAGCUGCAUCAACUGAUAUAAAUGGGAAUGAUACAGACCCAACGCCUCAAGACAAUGGUGACAAUAAACACGGUACCCGAUGUGCCGGGGAAGUAGCUGCUGUUGCAUAUAAUAGAUACUGUGGCGUCGGCAUUGCGUAUAACGCUAGCAUUGGAGGUGUUAGGAUGCUAGAUGGUUUAGUAAAUGACGCAGUAGAAGCUCAAGCACUCGGCUUUAAUACUCAUCAUAUCGAUAUUUAUAGUGCUUCAUGGGGACCCGAGGAUGACGGAAAGACUGUUGAUGGGCCAGGACCUCUAGCAAGAAGAGCUUUCAUUAAUGGUGUUACUAAUGGCAGAGGUGGUAAAGGAUCUAUUUUUAUAUGGGCCUCAGGCAACGGCGGAAGACAUACAGAUUCCUGUAAUUGUGAUGGUUACGCAAAUAGCAUAUUUACAAUAUCUAUAUCGAGUGCUACACAAGGCGGGUACAAACCAUGGUAUUUAGAGGAGUGUUCAUCUACUUUGGCAUCGACGUACAGUUCCGGUACUCCUGGGCGGGAUAAGAGUGUUGCAACAGUAGAUAUGGACGUGCAAUUAAGGCCUGACCAUAUCUGCACAAUGGACCACACUGGAACAUCUGCCUCAGCACCCUUGGCUGCGGGAAUAUGUGCUUUAGCAUUGGAAGCAAAUCCUUUAUUAACUUGGAGAGAUAUGCAACACCUUAUUGUUAUGACUUCACGAUCGCAACCAUUGGAAAAAGAGGAAGGGUGGAUUGUAAACGGAGUUAAAAGAAAAGUGAGUCACAAAUUUGGAUACGGCCUAAUGGAUGCUGCACAAAUGGUUUCUUUGGCAGAGCAAUGGGUUAGUGUACCGCCGCAACAUAUUUGUAAGUCACAGGAAAUAAAUGAAGACAAAUCAAUUGAAACUUCUUUCGGUUAUACCAUUUCAGUACAUAUGGAUGUAAACGGUUGUAGUGGUACUAUGAACGAAGUCAGGUUCUUAGAACACGUCCAAUGCAAAAUCUCACUGAGUUUUUUUCCUAGGGGAAAUUUAAGAAUUUUACUCACUUCGCCUAUGGGAACUACGUCAACUCUUUUGUUUGAAAGGACACAUGACGCAACAAGUUCCAAUUUCGAUGACUGGCCAUUCUUAAGUGUACAUUUUUGGGGUGAAAAUGCAGAAGGACGGUGGACUUUACAAAUAAUAAAUGCGGGAAAUAAUCAUGUGACUCAAAUUGGUGUCCUUAAAAAGUGGCAGUUAAUAUUUUAUGGAACGGCAACAAAUCCAGUAAGAUUAAGAAAUAAAAGUUAUUUUGAUUCAAAUAACCUAUACAAGAAUCAGAAUAGCUAUCAUAUAAAUGAUGUAUACGACGUCUCAGAAUACUCACAGUUUUUAAACGAAAUUGAGCUAGGCUUAUCAGAUAGAAAGAGUAAUAGCAACAAUAUUCCAUCAGCACAGAGGAAAAACGUCCUUGCAGAUGCCAACGAUAAGCAAGUACAAAGAAUGUGUGACCCUGAAUGCGAUUCUCAAGGUUGUUAUGGGAAAGGUCCUACGCAGUGUGUGGCAUGUAAACAUUAUCGUUUGGACAAUUCAUGUGUUUCCAGAUGUCCUCCUAGAAGCUUUGUAAAUCAAGGCGGAGUGUGUUGGCCCUGCCACGAAUCAUGUGAAACCUGUGCUGGUGCCGGUCAAGACUCUUGUCUCACUUGUGCUCCGGCUCACUUACUAGUAACAGAUUUAGCGGUAUGCUUACAACAAUGUCCAGAUGGAUAUUACGAAGAUCCAGAUGCAAAUGCUUGUUUUCCUUGUGCUGAACAUUGUGACACUUGUGCUGAAAAAGCAGAUAUGUGUUCUUCGUGUGCUCAUAGUUAUGUUUUGUAUAGUGGCUCUUGUUUAGCGUCAUGCCCACCGGGAACUUUCCAAAAGGAUGAUUUUGGAUGCAAACUAUGCCAUGAAAGUUGCGAAUCAUGUAGUGGUCCAAAUGACACAGAGUGUGUUUCAUGUCGUAUAGGACAUUACGCUUACAAGAAUCGCUGCAUUACUCAGUGCCCCAUUGAGUACUACGCGGAUGUUCAAAGGAGGGAAUGUUUACCGUGUCCUUUAGGAUGUGCGGUAUGUACAUAUGCCAUUUGCUCGCUUUGUAUGGAGAAAUGGGUUCUCACAAAAGGAGGGAAAUGUAUUCCUGAAGGCAGUGAAAAGUGUGAUACUAGUGAAUAUUACGAAGCAGGUCAUUGUAAAAAUUGUCAUUCAACUUGUGAGAAAUGCAGUGGACCUAAUGAGUGGGACUGUUUAUCCUGUUCUACUCCUUUAUUGUUGCAGGGUUCGAGAUGCGUUGCAGAAUGUGGACAAGGAUAUUUUCAAACGGCAGGAAGUUGUUCUCAUUGUCCACAUACAUGCUCAGCUUGCGUGUCAAGAUUAAAUUGUACAUCUUGUACUGGUGCUUUAAGAUUACAAUCAGGAACAUGUAGAGGAAUCUGUGCACAGGGCUACUACCCUGAUGAUGGAAUAUGUUCCAAAUGUUAUUUGUCCUGCCAAACCUGUACAGGUCCCAGGCGAGAUCAAUGUGCGUCUUGUCCUCCCGAUUGGCGAUUAGCAGCCGGAGAGUGUAGACCGGAAUGUCCGCAGAACUUUUUCCCCUGGGGUGACAGUUGCCGUCGUUGUCAUCAUUAUUGCCAAGAUUGUCAUGGAGCUGGACCGCAACGAUGUACUUCGUGUCCACAUCACUUUUCCUUGGAAAAUGGUCUGUGUAUUGAAUGCCUUAGUUCUCAAUAUUAUGAGCCCAGAUCAAGAACUUGCCGUCCGUGCCAUGAGUCUUGCCGAUCUUGUUCAGGACCUGGACCUACCAGUUGCGUUACAUGUGCCCACCCACUUCGAUUAGAUAGAGUGAAUCACAAAUGUUUGCCGUGUUGCAUGGAAAACAUAUCUUCUAUGUUCUUAAUCCUAAAUCAAACAAUGGAUUGCUGCCAUUGUGACAAAGAUUUGGGUGGCUGUUUAAAUGGAUCAUCAGCUGGAAAACGUCGUAUCGCAGAAAACAUCAAGACACAUUUGACCGCAUCUUUUUUUGUGGACGAUACAAAAGAUCCUCCAAAUUUUUUACAGUUAGAUCGGGACUUAUUAAUUGCUUGGUGUGUUGGCGCAGCCGUCGGUGUUAUUGUUGCAGGGUCACUUAUUAUAAUAUUAAGAUCAAAGAAACGAAAACAUCGUACGUUGUUUCCGAGGGCCUUUUAUUCACAAUUAACAACAGUCGAUGACGAUCUGGUUACACUUGCCACAUCUACCACUAUAUUAAAGGUGGCACCAACAGAAAACAUCGAAAUGAGAAAAACUACGACUGAAGUAGAAGAGCCAACAUAG